AUGCCAGGAGCCACAGUGGUUGAUGUCAUCCUUAGGUUGUGGCACGAUAGCCCAAAAGGGGCUAUUGGGAAGUCCCCUUUCACCGUAAAGAAAUUCUUAGUUGCCAUUGGGUACAAGGAUGCAGAGGCCUGGAAAGGGGAUGUUGAUUGGGACUUUGAUUUCUGGGCACUACAAAAUCCACCACUACUCCUUUGUGAGGAUCCAGAAGGGAACUUGAAAAUGUGGCAAAGUCUGCAGUCAUUUGUAGCAGCACUUUGCAAGUGUGGCACUCAGGGGCGCAAGAAGGGCAAGGGCAAGGCAGCUCAGGAAGAGCCAGCAACAUUGACAGCCAUCAAAGCCUUUGCCAAACAACGGACAAAUGAUGGCUACUCCCAGGGUCGCAGCGCUUUUGGCAGUCUUAUCCGCAUCAAGUGGUAUAAGGAGAAUCGGAUCCUGAAACAACUCAUCAAUGAAACAAAGAUAGCCAAGUGCUAUCCUUUCACAGAAUUGAUGAGAGACCCAGGUCUUCUAAGCUCGGAUCUUCGACUAUUACCAUCGCUAGAGUCUGAGGUCAGCCAAAUUGCGGCUGAGGUUUUGCUGGGGGAUGCGGCUUUCAGACCAGGUGCUCGAGUGGAUAUCCACACCGAGUACCAGUCAGGAAUCAGCCUUCCGGUCUCCAACUUAUUCUGGUACAAUCAUUGCCGGAAGAAGCUUAAAAAUAAGGUGCAAGCAUUUAAUGCUGCCAAGGAUGGGCUGGACCCUCUUCUGAAUGGCCUCCAGGGCACGCUUACUCCUGAAGCUAUGGGUGGUCUAAGCAAGGCUUACCUCAGAUACGCAGCCAUAUCAGAGCAAUUCCAAGAGGAUACUGUUGUUCUUGCUCAUCGGGAGUCAGUAGAGGUGCGGCUAAAAAGUCUGGAAUCCACGCUCCCCCUGCCCAUGGACAAGGUGGCAGGAAAUUUGGCCUCGAACGGGUUUUCAAAGCUGACAGUCAGCAAUAUGGAGUCAUUGAACACUCAAGAAGCAAUACAGUCCAUGAAAUUAGAAGUUCAUGAAUGGCUUGAGCGUCUUGAGCAUAUGUCAGAGUUAACUGAGCGGUUCGAGAUUCCAGAGGUCCAGGAAGAUAUGGGGGAAUGGGGAGAGAACCCACUGGGAACGGGUGAUAUUGGUGUAGAGGCUUGGAAGGACAAGUCCAAAGAAUGGCUUCGCCAGAGCCUUGGUUGGGGAAAUUCAGAUGGGCCUUACAUAGAAUCUCUGGGGUCUAUGUUGGAGCGGGGAGAAGGAGCGAAGGGGCAGUGGGAACAAGCCUGUGCUGCUUCUAGGCAAGGAGGGGCACUCCCAGAGGGAUUCUAUGCCCAGGAGGCCAUGUGGCACCAGCUGGUUGCUGUAGUGGCCAUUAUUCAUGGGUUUUUCACGAUGGAAUCUGCUGACCCAGAGCCAUCCAGCCUAGAGGGCAUGGCCGUUAUCGAUGAGGUUGGGUUGGGCAAGACAUUAGAGGUCAUUCUGACAAUUGCCUUCCUCAUGGGGCUUGUCGAUGGGAGAAGAGCAAAAAAGGCAGACCCUCCAAUUCUUGGUAGUAGGCCAUAUCUUUCUGGUCAUAAGGAGGUGCCAGCCUUGCCUCACCUCAUCAUAGUCCCCAACACAUUGAUCCCUCAGUGGAAGAACUCUCUUGCAUGCUGGUUAAGGGCAGGAAGUGCAGAUGUAUUGGUAUACGCUGAGGGAAAACGACCAAGGAAGGAGUUUUGGGAACCCAAUGGGCCGUAUGAGAGCUCAUUGUUCAAAAAGUCAGGGGAACUACACCGCAUCGUCAUUCUGGCUUCAAGAGAGGCGAUUAGCCAGGACCAACGCAUCUUCACUGGUCAGGAUAAGGGCCUGAAGGGUCGUCAGUCUGUGCAUACUCCCUGGAAACCCAUGCCACCCACUCCCAGGCCUACAUGUCCCAACCUCAUUCAGAAUGUCGAGUUUCUAAGCGUAUGGGUGGAUGAAGCCCAUCUCUAUCGGAACAACAUCACCCCCCUCAUAACGAUUGCCAGGUCCUGCACAAUGUUGGUCGCACUCACAGCCACCCCAUUGUUCACUGGCCAUAGGGAUCUUCUGUCCAUGGGCCAUAUCCUCAAUUUCAAGGGCCUAUGUUCGCCAGCAGCUAUGGAGAAGCACAAGACAUUUUCCAGCGGCAUAGAAAAGGCCCGCACUGCCCACCGUGCCACAUUGAUCGAUGGUGAACAAGGCUCUGAGGAGAGUGCGAGCGAGGAGCUCAAGAAUUUGAUCAAUUCACAGCUGGAGCCGAUUUCCUGGUUGAGGAGUUUCUUCAAAGGCCGCACCAUUAGACGAACUGGGGAUUCUAAGGACUUUGAGGGGAAACCAAUAAUUGGCCUGUGUGCUCACAAGUGCUUGGUGGUGACCAUCAAAUUAUCUGAUACUGAGAUGGAAUUGCUUGAGGCAGCACACAAGGAUUGCAAAGAGGAGGGAAGACGGGACGGCACAGUUUUCGACCCUUGGGCUUUCUAUUCAGGACCACGGCAGGAGAACCUGUCUCCAGGACUGGAAAAGAACUGCCGAUCCUUUGACUCUCAAGAAGACUUCAAUGAGAAGAGUGGGACGAAACUCAAGACUCUCAUAAAGUUGAUUUCAUUCUUUGUCCAGUAUGGGAAUGCUGUGGACCCAGUCGUGGAUGCAAAGGGGACAUUGUGCAAUGAGCCUUCUUCAUUGAAUACCUCGAAUGGCUCAUCAGUUUUGGUGUAUUGCAACUGGCUACGACAAGUCGACUUGAUCCGCUCAGCAUUAAGGGUCAACAAUGUGAACUCUGAAUCUGCCACCUCCAACGACAGCGUUCAUGUCCGAAACAAAACUCUUAUGGCUUUCAGUUUGAAAAAGGAUCGUCAUGGAAGUCCUUGUGAUGUGUUGAUCAUCAGUGGUGUGGGGACAACAGGACUAAACAUCACAGCUGCCAAUGUGGUGAUUUUUGCUGAUCAACUUUGGAGUUCUCAAGAUGAGCGCCAGGUCAUAGGACGUGUUCAGCGCAAGGGACAAACCAAAGAGGUGACAGUAGUGUGGCUCCUUGCAGACGGCACGACCGAUACUUUAUUGUAUCAGUUUGCUCAGGGGAAGGCAAGGCAAAGUGAAGCCUUCCUUUCGAAAGCAAAAGGCAUGUGCUGGUCCAAAUCAACCAAUUAUUCUACAUUAAUUACGUUUGAAACAGCGUUUUUGGGGAGUGGCAGUGAAGAAAGUGGUGAUGAUGAGACAGACAAUGAGCUGGAGAAACCUCCUGCUACACAGGCCAAACCCAAACUUCCAUCCAAGCGAAAACAGGCAGACAGCACCGCUGCCGGCCAAAGGAAGAAGCAGAAGAAAAAAGGAGGCCCGACAGAAACAGCAACGAGUUCGCUCAAUGAACCUUCUCUCCCCAGUGUUGGUGUGGAGGCUCCUUCACCUACUUCAAGGCAGAGGGAUUUAGAUACUACAUCUAUGGACAAUGAGGCACUGGAUCUGUUUGGCAAUGCAGAGGAUUCCCACACAUUCACGCCGAAUAGAGCAGCUUCCGAAUAUCCUGAUGGGACUGCAUCCUCAGUCACUGGUCAUCUAUCCCCUGUGUCAUCUCACCCAAAUUCCCCUGGCCCCUUCAUUUCUCCAGAUUCGCCAACUCCUCUAGCAUCGGGAAGACCGGCCUUACAUUCAUCACAACCUAGUAACUCAUCUUCCUCACUCCAAACUAGGUAUUCAUCAGCACCCACUGGUUCCUCCUCACUCCGGCCCACAAUACGUAGGCUUCAGGCCUUACCUCCAGACAGUGAUGAGGAUGACGAGCUGAUCCCCUCCGCAUAUGUCCCACUGUAA